CCUCCUCACGCUCAUCACUGAUGACCGUCCACUGUCCCCUCUGAGUGACCACAGCGGUGCACAUGUUGCAAAAAAAAGAUAACGAGACACACUGUGGGUGUUUGUUCUGGUCGCGUGCGUCAGCAUGCAGUCCCCCGUGGCCGGUGCCCGCCUCGGUCAGCAGCUCUCUCGGUGAACGUUACUGUGACGCAACGUUAUCGAUGGUGACGUUCCACACGGGCUCUAACGGGAUCCUCACCGGCAGCAACACGUUGGUUCCGGCAGCUUCGGGAAAGAAAGACUUCUUCUGAGACACCAUGGCCCCACACCCGGCGGUCCAGGCCUUCAUUGACCUUUCUGCAGGCGCCAUAGGGGGAGCUGCGUGUGUCUUUAGUGGGCAGCCUCUAGACACGGCAAAGGUCAAGAUGCAGACCUUUCCUAAUCUGUACCGGGGUUUCAUCCACUGCUUCUCCACCACCUACAAACAAGUGGGUCUGCGUGGGCUCUACCAGGGCACCACGCCGGCACUGGUGGCCAACAUCGCAGAGAACUCGGUGCUCUUCAUGAGCUACGGCUUCUGCCAGCAGGUCAUCCGCUUCACGGCUGGACUGCACGACGAUGCUGUGCUGAGUGACGUGCAGAAAGCCUGUGCUGGCUCGGUAGCGUCCAUAUUCUCCUCGCUGGUACUUUGUCCAACUGAGCUCGUCAAGUGCCGGCUGCAAGCCAUGUACGAGAUGGAGUUAUCAGGCAAGAUCGCCAAGAGCCAGAAUACAGUGUGGUCGGUGGUGAAAUCCAUCAUGAAGAAUGACGGGCCCCGGGGCUUCUUCCAGGGCCUCACCACCACCAUAGCCAGAGAGGUCCCCGGUUACUUCUGCUUCUUCGGUGCCUAUGAGUUCUGCCGCACCACCUUUGCAGAACACAUGAAGUGUGAAAAAGACAACAUAGGUGUGGCUCCAAUCAUGUUCAGCGGUGGUUUCGGGGGGGCGUGCCUGUGGCUGAUCGUCUAUCCCUUUGACUGCGUCAAGUCUCGUAUCCAAGUUAUGUCUAUGACAGACAAACAGGCCGGCUUCUUCAAAACCUUCAUGACCAUUGCCCGUGCUGAAGGCGUGAGGGCUCUCUACUCUGGUCUAACCCCCACCAUGGUCCGCAGCUUCCCCGCCAACGGAGCCCUGUUCCUGGGUUAUGAGACCAGCCGCAAGCUCAUGAUGCAGAAGUUUGACAGUUAAAAUAUGCACAGCACAAAUCAAGGAGUGCUUAACUGGAGGAGAAUUUUUGUUGCCAUAUAACAUGCCCAUCAAGACUCCAGUUGAAGCUUCUAUGGGACCUGGUUUCUCCAUUUCCUGCUUUUGUUUAACAUAACACAAAAAAAAAAAGCCCCGCCAUUUCUUUUCAACUUGCAACUCUUGUGUUUAAAUCUUUUAAAUCCUUGUAUUCACUUAUUUGGGGGAUUUAAAUGUAGUUUUUAACACUCUGAAGAUGGUAUGCCAACGACCACAUAUAUGAGGAACAUGUAUGUGCAGCACAGUAUUGAGCAACCUUAACCAGCCUCUUUGUGAGGAAUCGUUAACGCUCCAGAUUAUCGUUUCAUGUCUACCUCAAAAAAGUCGAAUCCGCACAGAACCAUCUGUCCCUGGCGGUCAUUUCAAAUCAUUCUUUACUUCCUUUGUGAGAAUAAAACUCAAUUAGGUUGUGAGGUUGUCUUACCACGCACAAUCUUAAAAGGGCCGGCGUCUAGCAUUUAGGGGGAUCUAUCGACAGAAAUGGAUUAUAAUAUUCAGCGUAUAAUCACCUGAAACUAAGAAUCCUUGUGUUUUGGUUAUCUUGGACUGAACCCCUCAUAUCUACAUAGGGAGCGGGUCUUCUUCACAAAGAUGUAAUUCAAUCUGCAGCCACACUGCUGGAUGCUAUCAAGUCCUACACACUCGCCCUUUGAACCCUUACUCGAGCUCAUUGCGUAAAGGUUUUAUUUAGACAUGGAAAGAAGCAAGUACUGAUUGCUUUAAGUUGCCUUCAAUGUGUCCCAACUGCCUCAGUUUUGGAUCACAACUCCGUUUUGUGACCAUUCUAGUUAACAAAAGAAGUGAAACAUUUGAUUACUUUUCAAACGGCCUUGGCUGAAGAGUUGAAGGUUUCAUCAGCCUCAAUGGAAACAAACAGCCAGCAAAAAUGUUUUUGUGUUCGCGUUUUAUCUCACUCCUGUUGCAAUUAAGUUUCCUCUUUUGGGACCCAGUGUUUGCCUUUUUUAAAAUGAUGACACGUUGCCUUUUACUGUUGUGGAGCCUGGAUUGUUGAGAAAAAUAUCAACUGCCUCUUCAUACGUGCCAUUUGCACACUGCAUUCCUCGUGCAGAGUUUUUUCCAGUAUUUAGUGGUUGGCGAGUCAGAAAUGUUAAUGAUGAAAUGUUGGUAUUUAAAAAUUAUAACAAUUUGAGACAUUAAAAUGUUUGUAUAGAUAUCUAUCCUGAUACUCGUUGCAGUAAUACUACUUGCAUUAAAGGUUUCAUUGAAGAAUAA